AAACCAUUUUGUUGCUUGACAUUUGACCUUCCAGGCCAACGCAGCUGCCGAGUUCCGAUUCAGCGACGCCAAAGCUCCUUCCUUCAUCCACCCCACCGGCGACCAGCCAGGAAAUGGCGGAAAUGAGCUCCCUGCCGGUCACCGACGACCUCUUGGCGGAGAUCUUCCUCCUGCUGCUCACCCCGGCCGACCUCGUCCGCGCCUCCGCGGCCUGCGUCGCCUUCCGCCGGCUCGUCACGGACCGGGCAUUCCUCCGGCGCUUCCGCUCCCUCCACGCCCGGCCCUUCCUCGGCUUCCUCAACCACAACGGCUUCCACCCCGCCCGCCCGCCCCACGCCUCCGCGCCCGCCGCCCGCGCCAUCUCCCUCGCCGCGGAUUUCUCCUACUCCUUCCUCCCUUCCCACGACAGCUGGAUCGUCCGGGACGUCCGCGACGGCCGCGUACUCCUCGACCGCACCCCCGAGGACGACGCUGGCGAGGAAUCCCCUGUCUUCACGGAGCUCGCGGUGUGCGACCCUCUCCACCGGCGGUGCCUCCAGCUUCCCCCAAUCCCUGACGACCUGGCCGCUUCGGUGGAGCACCCGCUCCGCGUGGAGUUGGAGCGCUGGUGCGAGCCCUUCCUGGCUCCCUCCGGCGAGGAGGAGGCGGAAGAAACGUCAUUCAGAGUGAUCUGGAUGGCGCAGUGCAAAACGAAGCUGGUCGCCUUCGUCUUCUCUUCAAGCACCGGAGAAUGGCGAGCCGUUGCGUCUCAGGCCUGGGGCGAUUUGUUAGCGGGCACCGGCGUGUCGACGGCGUCGUCCAAGAGCCCUGUGUUCUUCGGCCGACAAUACGCUUGUGCUUGCUUCUACUGGGUCAUGGACUGGAGGCAGAAAUUGCUCAUGCUUGACACCAGGAGGAUGGAGUUCUCCAUUGCCGACCUCCCACCCGGCUGCCGAAGGCCACCGAUUGCCAUUGUGGAUGCAGGGGAAGGCAGACCUGGGAUGUUUGCUGUCCGUGAACACGAUGCAGAUGGCACAUUUAACCUCUACUAUACCAUUAGGCAAAACGAAGGCCAGAGUUUCAACCAGUGGCAGAUGGAGAAGACGAUCCCAUUGGAAUCCGGUUACCGGUAUUUCCUGAGAGGUGCAACAGAGAGGUACUUGCUACUACUAAGAUCAGAAGAUGACUCCCCAAGUUCAUCAUCAUUAGAGAUGUCAGACUUGGAAUGUUUCUCACUGGACGUCAAGACAUUGCAGCUUGAGAGCGUCUGCAGGUUGAAGCAUCACAUCCUAUGUGCGCACAUAUAUACCAACUUCCCACCAUCGCUGUCGUCACAGACAAUAUGAAGGGGUAAAUACUCUGUUGCAUUCUAAUUAUCUCCUUACCUGCAUAGUUAUCACAUAACUUGUUUGGUGCUUGAUAGUUCAUUAUUGUAGUAGGCAAGUCUUGUUUAAAGGGUUGUGUUUAUUUCUCCUCAGCUUCUGGGAAAACUAACUUAAAUCAGGAGUGAUAGUAUUUGCUUGCCAUCUUGAUUAUUCAGACAAAUAAAGAAAGGGUCUUCCACACCAUAGAUCAUUGAGUAAUAUCCAUCCACCAUUCAGAGACCUAGUGGAAGUGCAGAAAUCACUAAUUCUUUUGUGUGUGACAAAUAUAUGCAAAGAUAAAGGGAUUGCCUAAUCUGGGAAGCAGUAAUUGUGUAAAUGUACUAUACUCAGGUUUGUAUCCUUUUAUGUAUGCGAUUGUGUGAUGCAACUCGAACAACCAUGAUAAGAAAUAUAUCUGGGCAGAGCCCCUGAAUUUCGGCUCCUGCGAAUGUAGGCACACAGCUGAACCUAGCAAACAAACAAAGCUUCAUGUCUUCUUCCUUGGAUGUGAUUGCUUUUCCUUGGUAGAUUGUGUGUUGUCUUGGCUCCAACAAGAUGACAAUAACCAACUACUCCCUCCGUAAAGAAAUGUAAGAGCGUUUGGAAUACUAAAGUAGUGAUCUAAACGCUCUUAUAUUUCUUUACGGAGGGAGUAUUAUGCAGGAGUGUUUUAUCGUUAAUCUAAUAUAGAAGGAAUAUAAGUUGAAACCAGUCAAGCAUGACUUAUCUUGUCCACUUUUCUUGAUAGAUAUAAGGUCACCGAAGUCCCUUUUUUGGUCAUCGUCUCAUCUGUAAUUUUUCAUGAUUUUGAAAUAAAUCAAAUUAACUGGUAUGGCUGCAACUUAAGAGUCUGAAUCUCAUCAGAACCAAUCAAAGUGGUGAACUGGCAAGAACUUGUGCUACGAAGAUAUUUAGCCCUCAGUAUCAAUUAAAGCAAUUACACAGGUGUGUUUGCGGCGCGGGGGGGGGGGGGGG